ACUAGCAUUCAUUGGAAGUGCAUGUAAGCUUCAUAAACACAAUUGUGAGCGAUUCAAGAUGUUAACAAGUACUUCUGAGAAGCUACGAUGGGUGUUUUUGCUCGUCUGUUGUGCGGCUCUCGUGACGGGUUUCCCCAGUAUAUCCGAUGACCCCGAGGUGGCUGAGACGACAUUUAACUUUCUGACACGGUACGGCUACUUGAACACCCCGGCCUCCGAAGAAGCAGACAUCGCGACCAUCACCGACGUCCAGUCCGCCAUACGCCGCGUGCAGUACUACGCCAACCUACCGGAGACGGGCACGGUGGACGACGACACGUUACGGGCGAUGAAGAUGCCGAGGUGCGGCGUGCCGGACCCCACGGGACGGAGCGUGAACGGUACGGUACUGGGCGGCCGGCUGAGACGGUACGCUCACACCGGCGGCCGGUGGCACAAGAGGGAUCUGACGUACAGAAUCCUCAACAACCCUCCGGAGCUUUCAUUCAGCGAGGUAACCAACACGAUCCGUGAAGCCUUCAAGGUUUGGAGUGACAUCACCCCGCUGAGUUUCCACGAGAUCACGGGGGCCAACUACGCCGAUAUCUACCUGAAGUUCGCCCCGUACGAUCACGGCGACCCCUUCCCGUUCGACGGGCCAGGCGGUACCCUGGCCCACGCCUACCCGCCCCUCAGCGGAUUCAAUGAUUUGGACGGCGAUGUGCAUUUCGACGACUCUGAGAUGUUCACCAUCGAUACGUACGAUGGUACAAAUCUUCUCCAAGUCGCAGCACACGAGAUAGGCCACAGUCUGGGCCUGUCUCACUCGGCCGUGCAGGGCGCCCUCAUGCAGCCAUUCUUUCCUGGUUACGACCCUAAUUUUAAGCUGCACUAUGACGACAUCCUGGGCAUUCAGACCAUCUACGGAUCCGGAGGACCGCAGCCUGGACCCAACCCAGACCCAACCUACCGCCCAAUACCUGACCAGACCCAAGCCCCAGUCACCGUGCCCAGGCCUAACAAGGACACCUGUAACAAAGCCUUCACGGCUAUGGCAUACAUCAGGGGAGAGAUAUUCGGUUUCAGGGGUGCUCGAUACUGGAGAAUCGCCCGUGAAGGCCAGCUGAUCUCGCAUCCCGAAGGAGACAAGAACAAGUAUUUCUGGGUCGGCCUUCCUGCUAAGAUUGACGCCGGUUACGAGAGAUGGCACGACCAGAAAUCACUGUUUUUCAAAGGAAACCAGUACUGGCAGUUCGAUGGUAUUACACUACAAGAAGGAUUUCCGCGGUACAUCAGUGAUCUUUCACCCGACCUCCCGACUGACAUCGACGCAGUUAUGACGUGGAAGGAAUUCAGCAAGACCUACUUUUUCAAGGGCAACAUGGUGUGGAGGUUUGACGAGGUCUCCCAGACGGUGGACGCUAAUUGGCCGUAUCGCACCAAGGAUAUCUUCCCUGGUGUGCCCAGCAGUCUUGGAUCUGCUUUCCGUUUCAGAGACGGCAACGGUUACUUCAUCCGCGGGCGAAAGUACUGGCGCUACAACGACACGUCCAAAUCGGUGGACCCGGGAUUCCCACGCUACUUCGGGUCCGACUUCCUGAACUGCAACCUGGAGGAGAUCCUGGAGGAAGAGGCCAGGGAGGGGGCGAACGGGGCGGGAGGGAUCAAGGGCGCCCUCAGCGUCCUGGGUCUGACUAUGGCUUUGCUUUUGAGCUUAUGAAUCAAUUUUGUGAGAGUCUUCAGAUAGACUGAUUCGUUAUGCAUUCUUGACUCAGGUCUUCUGAAACUAAUUUGGCGUUCAUUCCACUUAUGCUUUGCAGUGUGUGGUUAUCAGUUCUGCCCAUGAGGUUUUUAUCAUCAUAUUUAAAUUAAUUCAGUAAACCUAAAGGGAUCUGAUCGUAAUAUGUUUAUUAAGGGGAAUGUACAACAUUUGCAUUUGCUGCAAUUUUCAGUAGUAAAUGGAUUUUGGGAAUUAAAAUGUCAUAGCAAAUAUUGUUAAACUGACUUGUUUCACGUUUUGGGCUUGAAGAUGCAGGAAAAACCAAGAA